CGUGAGAGUACAAUCUAACACCACCAACAGUCCAACACCCACUGUUUGGGGCUCCGGUCCUCUAUCAGCUUAUCAGCUAGAUGGCUUAGCCACAAUAUGAUUUGACAGUCCUUGUUAUGAUGAUGGUGGUGGGUUUUGUUUGUAAGAGCUGUGACCUCUACCAUUUGACACGGUCUCUUCUUCCAGAUAGAGGCAGCGGCAGGAGACGUAUAUUAGCUUCUCUCCCUCCAACAAGCUGCUUUCAUUGACACGUUAGAAGGAACGAUGGAGUUGUAUCAAUUGUGAGGUUCAAUGCACUUUGUAUGUUAGUGGGUAGUGGUAAUUUUGCCAUUAUCCAUCAAGGAAUGAUUGCCUACCAGGAAAAGAACAUUGCAAGCCUUGCAUAGAAACCUUGUAGAAGUGAGAUAUGGUAGGCUUACGUACGUAGUUCACUUGUUGAUUCCCAGUCGAAUUUGGGGAAAGCAAAUUACCCGCCAAAUCUGCUGCAACUAUACAAAAAUCUUCAAAAGUAAGAUAAGCAUUAAGCGACCAGCAUCACUUCACGCCUAGCAGCUCUUCUAUCUCUCUCUGUCUCUGUCUUACGUGGAGCUUUGGACGCUAAAGGCAAAACGAGGAUUUGCAUUGCCAACUCCGCCAGCUUCUUCCUCUAUCCAUCCAUCUAUGCAAAGGUAUGUAGGCAAUGGCAAGCCAUGUGUGUCUACGUGCCCUGUUCUGUGUCCCAACCAACCAUGUGUUUGUUCCUCUGCUUUCCGCCCAUUCUUUUAUAGGUGUUCACUUCUCCUUCUCUGCUUCUCUCAAGCUAAGCUAACCUACAGUCUAUUCUAUUAGUCUUCAUCCGAAUCAAUAUGCAAAGCUUCCGAAGCCUCUUUCAGACCCUCAGGGUCGCAUCAUUUCCAUCAAAGUUUGGAGUCCGCAGCAGUAGUUACUCACAUUCCUACACUUCAAGGGCUGCAUCUUUUGUUGAGGAAAUCUCUGAUCCAUUAUCAUCCAGCGGUGAUGAAGAUGACUGUGUUGCUGACGUGGAUUGGGACAACCUGGGAUUCGGUCUUGUCACCACAGAUUACAUGUACACGAUGAAGUGUCGCGAAGAUGGUAACUUUACAAAAGGGGAACUCAACCCAUAUGGCAACAUUGAGCUUAGCCCUUCGAGUGGUGUCUUGAACUAUGGGCAGGGACUGUUUGAAGGCACAAAAGCGUUCAGAAAAGAGGACGGCGGGCUACUCCUAUUCCGCCCGGACCAAAACGCAAUGAGAAUGGUGAUGGGUGCUGAAAGAAUGUGCAUGCCUUGCCCUUCCAUCGACCAAUUCGUCGAUUCAGUCAAACAAACUGCGCUCGCCAACAAGCGUUGGGUGCCACCUCCGGGGAAAGGGACACUGUACAUUCGGCCGUUGCUGCUUGGAACUGGGCCUGUAUUAGGCUUGGCUCCGGCGCCGGAGUACACAUUCCUGGUGUAUGCAUCCCCUGUGGGGAACUACUUCAAGGCAGCUGGAGCAUUGAACUUGUACGUGGAGGAAGAGUACGAUCGAUCGGCUCGUUUGGGAACUGGAGGAGUUAAAACUAUCAGCAACUAUGCCCCUGUUCUGAAAGCAAUGAGCAGAGCAAAAAGCAGGGGAUUCUCCGAUGUCCUGUAUCUUGACUCAGUUGAGAAGAAGAACCUCGAGGAAGUAUCGUCAUGCAACAUUUUCAUCGUCAAGGGGAACGUUAUUUCAACUCCUGCAGCCAGGGGAACCAUUCUGGCAGGAGUCACUCGAAAGUCGAUCAUUGAGAUCGCUCUUGACCAUGGCUACCUGGUUGAAGAGCGGGUUGUUCCGGUGGAUGAGCUUCUGAGUGCCGACGAAGUAUUCUGCACUGGGACGGCUGUUGUUGUAGCUCCUGUAGGCAGCGUCACAUAUCAGGAUCGAAGGGUGCAAUACAAGACUGGUGUUCAAUCAGUGACAUGGGAGUUAUACUCUACCCUGGUAGGAAUCCAAAGAGGUGUGAUUGAAGACAAGAAAGGCUGGACCGUUGAGAUUAAUUGAUGAUCCACCCACCAAUCAGAUUUGGACGUAUUUUUUGUCAGGUUGUGUUUUAGUCCUGCUGUUAACUGUAAACAUCUGUAAAGGGGCUGUGAAAUGUGAAUGAUGGGAUUUUGCGGGAUAGUUAGAAAAUGUCUAUAAAUAAACAGUAGCUUGAAACGGUUCCAACUGUUUUAGGACACAUUAUCUCAAAUCAUAUUAUUCCAGCACCUCCCGGAAAAAAAUCCCGAAAAAAAUCCCAAAGUACAC